AUGGAGUGUUUUGUUGCGGUCUUGGGCAAGGCGUCAACGACCAUCUCGGCGGUCGGGACGAAGGACAUGGACAAGGCGCCGCUGCGGACCAGCUCACGAAGACAUGGCCGUGGCGAUUGCGGACAUGUUGUCGCAGCACAGUGUGAUGGUGUCUUGGCGGGUGCCAAGGUCGGCCAUGAGACCGCGGAGCCAGGUGGAUUCGCGUGCGGCUUCAGCUGCGGCGAUGUACUCCGCCUCGCAGCUGGACAGAGCCGUGAUCCGUUGUCGGAUGCUUUUCCAGACCAACAUGCCGCCAAGGAACAGCCAACAGAAGCCGGUGGUCGAUCGGCGGUCGGGUCGAGUGGCCCAGCUUGCAUCGCAGAGCCGGUAUCGGAAGACGCGUUUGGCGCCGACCGUGUGCGGCGCUCUUGGUGCGUGUAG